UAUUAGUUAAUGCCUGUUUCCUGUUAUUAGCAACAUUCCGUUUGGCUUUUAUACGAGCCUUUUGUCUUCUAACUCAAUAUCCAGUUUCUUAUUCAUGUACAUUUAUUAAAUAUGGCUUUACCGAAUUGCUCGUUGAAGGUAAACAGAGAGUUGCUUGAUCCCAAAUUUGAAAGUUACAGGCUUUCACUGGACUCUAUUCCUACUUACAAUGUAGAACUGGAUGCAGCCGUGGCAGAGGUUAAACUGAAAGACAGUCAGUACACCCUGGACCACAUGAGAGCCUUUGGAAUGUACAACUACCUUCACAUAGACCCCUGGUAUGAAGAAAGUGUCUACUUUGUGGACAGCAAGGGACGAGUUCUCAAUCUGACAGUCACAUUGGACACAGCCUUGGGGAAACCUCAGGAGAUGUUCCGUUUCGUAUCGGACCCAAGCUCAUGUGAGGGGGAGCAAUUAUGUGCUUCUCUGAGCCUGACCUCUGCGACCUGGGCCGCACUGUCGGACGGAACAGGAACGCUGACGCUCCUGCGCACGAGCAAGAGGGGAGAGAGUUCACAUAUUAAAUGGGAGCCCAUGUUCAGUGAAUGUUUAGGAGAGCCGUUCAUCAUUGUUCACAGUCUGGCUCACAUCCACUCUAAUGUUCACACCGUUGAAGUGCUGCUGCUGAGAGUCCUGAAAGAUCCAUCUGAUACCAAAGGCAGCGGCUUCUCAAUCUUGCUUGAGUGGAUCACUGUGGACAACUCUGCUGGGCAGGGAGAAGAGAAAAAGUAUGGUGUGAGGAUGAAGAGAAUGAUGAAGGGGAAGUCUGUCCCGCAUUAUGCUGCUUUAGAGCCUCAGGGAAAAGGACUCAUUAUAGCCUCAGAGAAACCCUUCACUUUCACUGAGGUGGAUGGAGUUCUGCUUGAAGAACCACCUGCUGCAGACAUGGAGGUGGAGAAAUCAGACCCUAUCUACUUCUGGCAGCAAACUGAAGAGGAUGUGUCCGUGUGUGUGCGCUUACCUGAAGGUACCACCAAAGAUGACAUCCGUUUCAAACUCACAGUUGACUACCUUCGUAUCGGUGUAGGGGAUUAUGCACCCUUACUGGACGGUCAGCUCUUUGCACCAGUUGAUCCUGAGGCUAGCACCUGGACUAUUACAGAUGAUAAGAGUUUGGAAGUGAGUCUCCAAAAGCGAAGUGAAGGUCCGCUGUGGACUGAGUUGGUUCUUGGGAACCGGCGAGGAGAGUAUUUAAUGAGUGAAGAGCAGAAAUCACAACUCCAACAGAGGCUCUCAUAUCUCACUGCUGAGGACCUGAAUCCAAACCCAGAUAAGGACAAGCCCCCUUGCAACAAUCAGGAACUGGAGGACUGUGACAUGUUUCCGGAGGACAGUUCUACAUUAAUGCGGUUUGAUGGUACCACUCUGAAGACCACCCAUGUGGCAAGCCUCGGAAGCAACCAGUUCCUGUUCUUGGUGCAUAUUGACCCCUCUGAAAUGCCCGCUUUCUGCUUACGACAUGACGUUGAUGCCCUACUUUGGCAGCCACGUCCCAGCCAAGAGAACGACAUAUGGGAGCACAUUGCUACCUUUAACGCACUAGGUUAUGUGCAAGCUUCAAAACGUGAUAAAAAGUUUGCAACCUGUGCCCCCAACUUUUCAUACUCUGCUCUCGGCGAGUGCCUCCGGCGUGUUUUCAUUUACCGCCAGCCCUCGCCGGUCGACACUGUGCUCUUCAACCGGAAACAGGGCCGACAAGUCGGGCAGGUCGCUAAGCAACAAGUAGCCAACCUGGACAGCAAUGAGCCUGUACUUGGAUUCAGGGCCACUAACGAGAGGCUGUUCGUCCUGACCGCCAACAACCUGUUUGUACUAAAAGUGAACAAUUAACAUUUUCCAGUAUUGUUGCAGGAUGAAUUCAUUCUUAAUUCUGCUCCAAGGUUGUUCUGGGUCUAUUUGCAACAAGUAUGCUGGUGAAUCACCGCAUAGCAACAUUUCAGUCUAUUGGCCUGGAUUUCAGUGUACUGGAGCAAAUUCAACCCUUCAUAGUACUUAAAGGGAUAGUUCACCAGAAAAUUAAAACACUUUCAUCAUUAACUCAUCUCAUGCAUUUCUAAGCUAGUAUGACUUUCAUUCUUCUGAGGAACACAAAAGAAGUUGUUUUGAAUAGUGUACUGGUCGCUGUUUUCCAUGCAAUUAUAAUGAAUAGGGACAAAAGCCUUUAAGCUUCAAAAAGGAUGCAUAAGCACCAAAGAAGUAUCAUAAAAGUAGUCCAUAUGACUUGGUCUUCUGAAAACAUUGCUCUUAUGAAUUCUUAAGAAUGUGCUAAGGAGAGCUAGGGAAUACGUCAAGAUUUUCUGUGAAUAAUGACUUCAUCUGUAUCUGUUCCUUAAAUAAAGACUUGGAAUAUAGCACACAAGUUGUAUGAAAAAAUGUUAUGGUCACUUUUGAAGCUUGAAAACAACAGUCUCCCUUUAAUGAAAUUGUGUGGAAAAAAAUUACCAAUCCAUUCUUUAAAAAAAUAAUUUAAAGGCUAUUUGUCUUUGGGUGAACAGUUCCUUUCUAAUAUGAAAUUCUGUGAUGUUUAGGUGUGUCUUUUGUGUUAACUGUCAUUUUUUACCUGUAAAAAUAGCAUGCUUUAAAUGUGUGCUCACCUCCGCAAAGAUACAAUUGAGUGUGAAUGUUAGUUAUAUUACAGAUGUUCUAUCAGCAUUAGAAUGUAAUGUAAUAUGGAUAAAAAUAAAAAUCAGCU